AUGGCUUGUGAUGGACGACAACCGACUCCGCUUCACGUCUUCGGCCAGCUACCUCGCCUGAGCAGUUUAUACACACAAGUCUGUGUCUGCUUUCCGCUUGAAGGGAACAGCUCCCGGGAGAAGGUUGUUACUCGAAUUCGGCGUGGUUACAGGAGGCUUGCUUGCUGGGUGCCAUGGAUAGCAGAUGCUGUCGAAUUUGAUCAUAGCGAUGGCCUUUAUAAGAUCAUACCAACACCAAGCUCGGCACCUUUCUCGGACUCCGGUAGUGCGUUCAGAGUCUCCGAAAGACGACUAGAAGACCGCUUGCCCAGCUAUCAGGCGAUCCGCGAGGCAGGCUUCCCGUUCUCAUUAUUGAGAGAAGAAGACUUGGCCAGCAGAAGAACACUACCGAAUGGAACUGGCGCCGGUCUGGAGCCUCUAACAUGCGCAUAUGGUAGUCUAAACGCAGAGAGGGAAGCCGCGAUUUUUGAGGUACAAGUCAAUCUUGUCGACGGGGGCUGCUUGCUUGUGUUCUCUGCUCAGCAUAAUUGCAUGGAUAUGGUGGCAAUGAGUGAGGCGAUCAGACUAUUCUUUGAAGCAUGCAGAGACAACGGCACAGAGGACGCCGGACAGGAUACUAUGGAAUUCGGACGUCUGGACCGAUGGGGUACUUCUUUGGCAAGACACUCUGGUCAGAGCACAGUACGUGGUCAGGGCACAAGUCCAGAGCCUGCUCCAGUGUCUACUUCCAAGCCGGCCGCUCAGCCAGUGGUACUUUCAAGCGUCGAUCCCACCACUGGUGAUACCCCUGCGGCGACAUGGUCAUACAUCGUGUUCUCCAACGACUCUCAUACUCAGCUCAAAGCUCAAGCUAUGCGGGACCUACCGGACCAUGCAAAGACAGACUUUGUCUCCACGGAUGAUGUGAUCUGCGCAAUUCUAUGGCAAAACAUUACACAUGCUCGUACAGUUCGACUCGCUUCGUCAGUCACGACAUCCGACGGAGCAGUGACAUCAACUACUUCUUUCGAGCGUCUAGUGGACUCUCGACCGUAUCUUGGCCUCCCAGGCAGACACCCAGGGAACUUUGUCCACAAAGUCACGACUACUCUUUCCAUCUCCGAAGUUGUGGACCAGACACUCGGAUAUCUAGCUUCUUGCCUGCGCAAUACCCUCAGCGAAACCGACCGGAUUGAACGCGAAGUCCGGGCUUCUGCAGAGGUACUCAGGGAGUCUCUUCGACUCAGAGCUGGAGCAGGCCCUCCAGAACGACCCAAGCCAUCCAGUAUGAACGUCAAGAUGUCGUCGUGGGCGAAAGAGAAGUGCUAUGAGUUCGACUUUGGUUGUUGUUUAGGCAAGCCGGAGGCUGUGAGGAGACCUGCUUUCGAGGCUUGGGAGGGACUGGCAUUCCUGAUGCCGAAAAGAAUCGACGGAGAAAUUGCUGCGGCUGUUUGUUUGAGGGAGGAGGAUACGGAGAGAUUGAAAGCUGACGAGAACUUCGCGAAAUGGGUAAGGUGGGUAGGAUGA